UUUGACAAGUGGACAGAUGGCCAGAGGAGGAGGAUCCUGGUGGACCUGCUGGAACGCUGCUCCCUGUCCCAGCAGAAAUUCUGUGCCAAGCAGCUCCAGGCCCGAGUCCCCACCGAGGCCGUGGAUUUUACCACGAGGCUCCCUCGAGUCCUGUCCCUGUACAUCUUCUCCUUCCUGGAUCCACGGAGCCUCUGUCGAUGUGCACAGGUGAGCUGGCACUGGAAGUACCUGUCCGAGCUGGACCAGCUGUGGAUGCUGAAGUGCCUGCGUUUCGGGUGGCUCCUCAACUUCUGCCCCACGCCCUUCGAGCAGGGGGUCUGGAAAAAGCACUACAUCCAGAUGGUGAGGGAGCUGCGCCUCACCCGGCCCAAG